AUGGUAAAAAUUGUGUACAAAGCGUCACAAUGGAAGCAAAAAAUGACCGCGUGCCAAAUGCGCUGCCUAAUGUUCCGUAUUAUGACUUUUUCAUUCUUUCUGGAAGUGCCUUGCACAUCUUUUUAUAAAGCAAAGCCCCAUGCUGCGACGAAAGAGUCGGCCGACCGAUUACUAGAAAAGAUUGCUUCCGGGAACACAUCCGCCGUCGGUGAAAGCGAUGACGAAGAUGACGUUGCUCAAGAAAUAAUCGAUGAGAGCAUAACCUCUUUAUGCGAAAACGAAGAAAAUGCGCACCAGACUCCACUAUUGCAAGACAGAGGUCCAGAGCAAAAUGUUGUGAAGAACUUUCAGUGGAAAAAGAGAAGGUUCGACCCCCCACCUAAUAUCGACUUCAGCGGCCACGGCGACUGCCUACCUGAGCCGGACGAAACGUGUACGCCGCACACGUAUUUUUCAAGGUACGUGCCAGAAUCCAUUUUCAAGUGCAUGGCUGAACAGACGAAUCUUUACAGCGUCCAAGAAACCCACAAUAAUGUGAACACGACAGCUGAAGAAAUAAGGAAGCUUUUUGGUAUCCAUAUUCUGAUGGGUGUCACUGCUCUGCCUCGCGUCAGGCUCUACUGGGACCCCAUCAUGAAUGUUCACUUGAUCAGCGAGACCAUGUCUGAGAAAAGAUUCUUCAAGUUCCGCAACACUUUGCAUAUUGCUGCUGAAGCUCCUGGAGAACAAAAUGGCGAUCGCCUGUGGAAAGUGCGCCCUUUCUUGGAUCAGAUAAGGCAGCGGUGCUUGGAGCUUGCCAUUGAACAAGAAUCGUCAAUUGAUGAACAGAUGAUUCCUUUCAAAGGUCAACAUUCCAUCAAACAGUAUGUCAAAGGCAAGCCGACCCCUUGGGGGAUCAAAGUAUUUGCUCUCUGCGGUAGGAGCGACCUGCUUUACGACUUUGGGGUUUAUCAGGGGGAAAACACAAUUCCCGCUGAGCUGAAGAAUGACUACGGCCUUUGUUCUGGUGUUGUAGUACACCUGUCUAAAAUUUUUAAAUGGCGGUAA